AUGCAAGCCCCCAAAACUGGUAUAUGGGAGGGCCAUGCAGAGCGUGAACCUACCCCGACGCAACAAGGGAUGGAUAGCGAGCGCUCUCGUGCGGAGUCCGCGGUGCGUUCCGCUCCGGUGGCGAUACCCCGUCGAGGUGCUCAGAGCACUGGGGGUCGUAGCGCGAGCACUAGUUCCGGUGGCUCUGGCUCCACCGGAUCGCGAAACUUUGAAGACGUUAUGCCUGAGGACUUGCGACCAUCAAGUCCGAAAACAGCGCAUGACUGGCCGCGCGCGAUGUCACCUCGGGGACCCGCUUUCCUGGCGUUUCGAAACACCGCGGGGAACGAUUCUCGAGAAGUGCCUCAAGCGGAAUCCAAUGGUGCUCGCGAUACCACGGAAGCGGCCGUUUUGGAAAUCGAUGAACAGAUCGACUCCCGACCGACUGCUCCGUCGUCGCCUCCGCCGCCGGCGUCCACGCUCCAUGUGCAGCAACGGAUGCCGCCGGAUGCUUCGGUGCAUCCGGCCGUGGCGGCUGCCGCGGCUGCAGCGGCAUCCUCGUCCAACUCACCGCGAACGCAGCCGACCAAUGCAGGGAGCAUCGGUUUAUCAGGUUCGCUGAACACUGACUUGCUGACAUCAGCCCGAUCAGGUACGCCGGGCAGCUGGGACGCGCGUCGCUCUCCGUCGCCGACGCCGGAACCCACCUCAGUGUUUUACGGGUUACCGGCGCUGAGCGAGGUGCAGAAUCCACGAGCUCGUCGUGAGCUCUUGUGCCGAAAAUUGCAUCUGUGUUGCGAGAUCUACGAUUUCAUGGACCCGACGAAGGACAUCGUGGAUAAGGAAGGCAAACGGAUUGCGCUGAUCGAAAUCGCAGAUGCGCUGUCGAACAUGAAAGGCAUCUUAACGGAUGAGGUCUGCGCCGCUCUGGUUGAAAUGAUCACGAAAAAUCUGUUUAGAACGCUUCAUAUGUCGCCGCCGACUGCACCGGAGGCGAUUCUGGCGGGCGAGCUCGAAGAAGACGAACCCACUCUGGAACCAGCUUGGCCACAUCUACAUGUUGUCUAUGAAAUACUGCUACGAUUCGUGACGUCCCCAGACCUCGAUCCCCGCACGGCGCGGCGGUAUAUCGAUCAGAAGUUUCUGUUGGGACUUUUGGACCUAUUUGACUCAGAAGAUCCCCGGGAACGCGAUUAUCUGAAGAUGAUCCUACACCGGAUUUAUGGAAAGUUCAUGCCGCUGCGGCCUUUUAUUCGACGAUCGAUCGCCAAUGUAUUCUUUUAUUUUGUAUUCGAGUCAGAGCGGCAUAAUGGCAUCGCGGAGUUGCUGGAAAUCCUGGGAUCAAUCAUUAAUGGCUUCGCGUUGCCACUCAAGGAGGAACACAAGAAUUUUCUACGCAAGGCACUCAUUCCAUUACAUAUUCCGCGCACAGUUGCGCUGUACCACCAGCAGCUGGUGUACUGCAUGACUCAGUUCGUGGAAAAGUAUCCGCCACUUGCCGUGGAUAUCUUGAGAGGUUUACUGCGAUACUGGCCGCUCACAAACUCCCAGAAAGAAGUGCUCUUUCUUGCCGAGCUCGAGGAGAUCAUCGAGCAGACGCAUCCACGCGAAUUCAGUAUCGUUCUGGAGGAUCUUUUCCGGCGCAUCGCCAAGUGCAUGCAGUCGCCACACUUUCAGGUGGCUGAGCGCACCCUGUUUCUUUGGAAUAACGAAUACCUGGUAUCUCUAAUUUUGCAAUAUCGCGAAAGGGUCUUUCCUAUUGUAUUUGGGGCGCUCGUACAUAACGAGCGGAAUCACUGGAAUCCCACUGUAACCAAUUUGACUUGCAACGUGCGAAAGCUAAUGAUCGAGAUGGACCUUCCGCUCUUCGAACGAUGUGCACGUUUGCACGAGCGGCUACAUGCGCAAAAGGCGGAUGCUGAGCGUGACGACGACGGCAAACGACACCCGGACGGGGACAACAUGCCGCAUAUGUCCGUCGUGAACGCGCCGAUGGCUGUCCCAGGUAGCAGAGGAGCCUCGAAACUGCCGCUCACGGAGCCGAUUCCUAUUCAGAGCACAGGCAAUGCGGCGGGCGCGAGGCGGCGAACUCCGCGGACACUGGGGGCUCCAGAUGCACCAGAGACGUUGCGAGCCUCGUGCGUCGACCCUGGAGAACACCUGAGUUCAUCAGCAACGGGGACCGGCGCGCAUCAGGAAGAGUCUUGGAGCACGAACGGCGCCUCGGAGGAUCCGAGUGAUGAGACGCUUUACGCGCGCUCGUCAUCGACUCGAGAGCGCAUGCUUGUGAAACCCCGGGAAACGACGACCUUUGAGUCGUACAGAGGACAGGCAGGUCAAGAUUUUGUGGCGAAAAUGCAUGCGAUGGACCUGGGCCAUGAGAAGCACUGA